UUUAGGACUCUCAUUAAAAAGAAAACAGAAUUCCCGACGACUUCACUUCAUGAUAAUCAUUAUAACUGUAGUUUUUACCAUGUACGUGAAUUGGUAUAUGAUGGGUGCAACUAUUUUUAGUAGACGUCAAUUAAGAGAUAAGAAAAAGGAUAGAAAGAGACAUCGAUUUGAGAAUAUAUGUAGGCUAAUAAAAGACAGUGAUGAUAUGUGUAAGAGUGAACUUCGCAUGGAUAGACGCACAUUUUUUAUUCUUUGCGAGAUGCUUAGGGAUAUUGGAGGUUUACAAUCGACCCGAAAUAUGUCAUUGGAAGAAAUUGUUUCAAUUUUUCUAUAUGUUUUAGCUCAUCAUCAGAAGAAUAGGACAAUGUGUACUUAUUUCAUAAGAAGUGGAGAAUCUGUGAGUAGACAUUUUAACCGUUGUUUGAAGGCUGUCCUGAAAUUGCACGGUGAACUAUUAAAAAAGCCUACACCGAUAACCGAUGAUUGCAACGAUGAUAGAUGGAAAUGCUUUAAGAAUUGUCUCGGAGCAUUAGAUGGUACUUACAUUAAUGUGACAGCACCCGUUGAGGAAAGAUCUAGAUAUCGAACAAGAAAAGGAAACAUAGCAAUGAACGUUUUAGGUGUUUGUUCACCUGAUAUGCAAUUCAUCUAUCGCAUAAGGUGGGCUUGCUUUAUUUAGACAACAUAGAUAAUUUGAGUUGCAAAUCAAAUGCUGCGAUUUGGAUCACGUUGUUUUGUAGAAAUUCUUUAUUUACUGGCUGUUUUACCUUAGGUUGUAUUUACUUUCUCAUUAGUUUGGAAAACUUGUGUUUACUCGAUUAGCAACGA